AAGCAAGUAGUUUAACUGAAGUGCCAAUUGGUUAGCCAAAAAUAGAAUUCUACACUUUUGAUGUUCUAAUGUUUAAUUUUGCUUUACUAUUGUUGUUCUCUCUCUCUAGCUCAUAGUUGGAAGUGAGGCACCACCUGUAUAUUUUGCGAUGUGAUCAACAACGGCUGAUGGCAGAUCCAAGUGAACGGUCGCAUCUGUGAGUUAAUUGGUUUUUUUUGGCUGGAAUGAAUUCAUACUUUUUAAACGGGUAUCUUGCUUAUUUAUGGCUGGCUAAAUAAAUUUAUAGUUUGCUGGUGGAGAUUCUUAAGCAAAGUUUAGCUUAAGUUAGCUCUGCUGUUGCACUUAUUUGUUUUGUUUUAUCUCAAUAUCUGCAACCCGGCUAGCGGAAACCUGAGAAACAAUGUUGGCCAGAUUAAGUAGCACCCCACUUUAUUCCAUGUCCGUGAGUUAUCUAUCACUUACCAUACGCCUUGCUGUUUUAUUACUACGCAUUGAUGUUUGCUUCAUUUACUCAAAUACACAAUCAAAUCAGAACAUGUCGUAUAUUUCUGCAGGGUUUCUCUUUGAUACUGAAUAAUGCAUUGUUCAUUUUCAUUUCACAGAUUCAUCCUUUCAUAUACAAGGAGUUCCUAUUAAACUAGUAUUAUGAAACCGUGCAUUCAUUUCAAUAGUCGUCAUCAGAUGAUUUCAGGCUCUGCAGUCGCAGCUUAGAUGGAGAAUGAGCAUCCUGAUCAAUGUUGUGAAAUUUAAAAGCCCCAGAGAAACUUCAAGUGACAGUCACCAAAGUUAAGGAAGACAUCAAGAAUAUAGACAGAAGAUGGCUUUAUUCCUAGGAAAGGUAGAUAUACCAAAACCUUCCCCACCCAUUACACCCAAGAACCCUUCAACACCCCCGCACCCCCCUCUCUCCUCCCCCCCUUAUAUUUCUCUCACCAAAAACCACCCCUAAAUUGGAACUUGCUGUGUUCCUAAUGCCUACCCCCUCAACCCCACCAUUCCAAUGCCAAAGCCACAUAACCACACCAACGCCUUCAUCUGGUGUGCUGGCAUCCUCUGCGCCAUCAUCGCCGUGGUGGUGAUCAUCUCCGGCAUUGUCCUCUUCGUCGGCUACCUCACCAUCAAGCCCAAGAUCCCGGACAUCAGCGUCGCCACCGCCCAGCUCGACACCAUAUACUUUGACCAGUCCAGCUUGCUCACAUUGCAGGUCACCGUCGUGAUCAAGGCUGAGAACGACAACACCAGGGCCCGUGCAACUUUUUACAACACGAGGUUCUCCCUCAGCCUCGGCGGCGGCCAGAAGAUCGCCUACUUGCACGCGGGCACGUUCAACCUUGCCCCGAACAAGUCCUUGGAGCUGAGCUACAUGCCUCAGUCCGGCGCCAUACCGUUAUCCCCCGAAGAGGCUGAUGUUGUGAGCCUGUCGAUGAGACGGGGUGUGAUGAAUUUCGACCUCACCGGGACCUCUCGGACUCGAUGGCAAUUCGGGUUUGUCCACUCAUUUAAGUUCGUGGUUCGGGUUAAUUGCCGGCUGCAGCUGCCCCUUGAUGGGUCUGCUGUGUACCCAAAUUGUAGCUCCAGGGCCAAAUAAGGCUGCUGCUGCUGCUGCUGCUGCUUUAAUCUCCUCUGGUUUCGUCAAAAUUUAUUUUUUUUUUUAAUCUAUUUUUGGGAGAUCUUGGGGCAAUCCUAAUUGCCUCAAAAUCUGUAGUUUAAAAGUAGUACCCUUUUUUAACAGAUUUUGAAUAAAACGCCUAUAACCAAGCCA